AUGUCGUCCAUCAAUAUCGACGAGCGCUCCUCCUUGUUCGUCGGUGAUCUCCACCCGGACGUGACCGAAGAGAUGCUGCUCAACACCUUCAUCCCCUUUGGUCCGAUCUUCUCUGUGCGGGUGUGCAGGGACAGGGAGACAUUGCUCUCCCUGGGGUAUGGCUAUGUUAAUUUUGUUAAUCUCGCUGAUGCUGAGAAUGCCCUAGACACCCUCCUCUUCCAGGUGCUUAUUGACAGGCCCAUGAGGAUCAUGUUUUCCCAGCGAGAUGCCACACUUAGGAAGACCGGGAUCGGGAACAUCUUUAUUAAGGGUCUGGCGAAGAGCAUCAAUAGCCUGGCUCUCUACAACACCUUCUCCACCUUUGGUGACAUCCUCUCGUGCAAGGUGGUCUGUGAUAAGAACGGCUCCAAGGUGUAUGGCUACGUCCACUUUGCCACCUAUGAGGCUGCAGAGAUGGCCAUUAGGAAACUAAAUGGCAUGAUGUUAAAUGACCAAAUAGUGUCUAUUUACCACUACAAAUUAUACGAGGAGCGUCAGGCUGAGCGGAUGGCCAGUUUUGAGACAAGGAAUCAGGACCACCAGAGGCAGUACCCGGGUGUGAGUCUCUAUGUGUCCAAUCUGCCGUACAACAUGCACGACGAGCAGCUCCGCACAGCAUUCUCCCCCUUUGGAACAGUCAUCAGUGCAAAGGUGAUGAUGGAGAACGGGCGGAGCAAAGGUUUUGGAUUCGUGGCCUUCAUCUCAGCUGAAUCUGCCACUAAGGCUGUGGCAACAAUGAACGGCCGUGUUGUUGGCGGCAGGUUUUUACGUGUUGUCCUGUCCCUGCACAACCAGGAGAAAUCCCGACCUGGCAACAAUGAGCAUGAGAAUGAGUCACCACCUCCUGCUCUGCGCCCCAUCCCGCCUGAUGUGCCCUCUGGACAGUUUGUGGCCACUGUUCCUCAGGUUCCCGACUCCGUGAGUGUCUGUCCUGUUAACCAGCUGGCGCGGCUCCAACCAAACUCUCGACGGGCUGCAGUGGGUGUUCUCCCUCAGGGUGAGAGUCUCCGCCCACUGAUCUCUGCAGCCCUGUUGGAUGUUUUGAACUCCGAGCUGUCGCGUCUGCUGAUAUCAGUUACUCUAGACUUCAAGGUGAAUGAAGUCGUGUCUUUGUUUGACACUUCUCAAACUAUCGAGGCAACCCUAAUGUCACAGGCACUGAACCAACAGCACCCCAGACGUCAGCUCGCCCUGCCUGCACCGAGUCCUGAUCCGCAGGUUCCUGAUUCCGUGAGUGUCUGUCCUGUUAACCAGCUGACACAAAUCCAACAAAGCUCUCGACGGGCUGCAGUGGGUGUUCGACCUCGGGGAGAGAGUCUCCGCCCACUGAUCUCUGCAGCCCUAUUGGACGUUUUGAACUCCGAGCUGUCGCGUCUGCUGAUAUCAGUUACUCUAGACUUCAAGGUCAGUGAUCAGGCAGCCUCAUUGUCUUAUAAAGCAUCUGGAUUGAGGCUAGCAGAAACUGAACUAGAAUACAACAGUCCUGUUUGUGUGUCCAGGUGA